AUGAAGCUAAGCAAUGCCUUUCUUUUCGCCGGUGCCGCCUCUGCGGCCAAUGUCUAUUGCAGCAAUCAGGCCGACAAUCCCGUAGAGGGGAUCGAUCAUUCCAUCCAAGACUUCGCCAUCAGUAUCGUCGACAACACUCCCUCGGCCGGCGAUAUUGUCAACGCCAGCAAAGAGCUUGCUGGAAAGCUUGAUGCCUGCAUGACCGUGCUCACCAAGUCCGGCUCGAAGCAUGGCGUCAAGCUUCGUUUGCUUGGUGAACAGUUUGGGAGAAUCGGUUCCUUCAUCCAUGAUAUUCUCGUGGGUAAAAAUUCAACGAUCCAAUGGGAUGAGACCUGUGCCGACAUGGGAAGCGCGGUGGAUACACUUCAGGCCCAGUUCCUCGAACUCGGCAACUACAUGAUCAGCACGGCACCUCGAGGUCAGAAGAAAGCUGCCGCGUCCUUUACGGAGAGAAUUCUCAACACGCUGGAGGAGACAAAGUUGGAGAUUUUCGCCAGGGGGUCGUGCGGUCAACAGCAAGGAUGGAUCGGUGCGGAGCGGCGGGAGAAGCGAGAAUCAUGA